GUUGAGAAUAGAAAAUUACAUUACAAAUGGCUUCCCUUUUCAACUUUUGGAUAUCAUAAUUUCGCUACUGGAAUGGUAUUUUAGACAAGGCCAUUAUUAGACGCGACGAACGUGUUCGAUCGAAUUAUUAUUUACUCUUGUAAACGUAACUUGUAAUCAUGGGCAUACAGGAUCUACAAACAUUUUUAGAAAACGAAGGAGUAGGUGUUGAUCUAUUCCGAAUUGCCAGAAAUCAGGCGGGUGGCUUUAGACUGGUGCUAGAUGCAGAGGGUUGCUUAGAUCGUCUCUAUGGAGGAUUUUUCUCAGAUUGGGCUUGUGGAGGUCAAUGGGCUCGUUGUGUCCAAUUUUUAACAACUUUGGCACAAGCUUUGGCUGAACAUCAAGUGGCUAUUUGCGUUUGCUUCAAUGGUGCACAUCCAACUCCACCAGCUACUCCACAGCACUGGAUUCAGACUCAAACUACAUACAGACAGAGGGUUAACUCGGUUCUAAGGCACAUUGUCACUAAAGGCACUCCUCCCCCAAAAGUAUGGUGGGUACCACCAACAGGUCUGCACUCCUGCUUAAGGACAGCUCUUCGAUAUCUUAAUAUUCCUGUUAUGGUAUCUUCUGAUGAUCACUGUCAAGAAGUGGUUGGUCUAUGCCGAGAGAAGAGUUAUUCAGGAUUAGUGGGCUGUUCUGGUGAAUAUUUGGUUUUUCAACCGCCUCGAUAUUUCAGCUCAUCGCAAUUGAAGCUUACUUAUAGGUCCUCCUUGGAAACAAAAGAGUACAUGGUGCAUGAAUUACCUCGAGUUUUGGAUGUUCCUCAAGAUCGUCUUUGCCUAAUGGCUGCAUUAUUGGGUGGCACGAUUCUUUCUGAACAGAGUCUAACUGAAUUUUAUAAACGUUUAGGAAUUACUCAGAAGAAGCAGGUACCUCCUGAAACUUUAGUUAAAAGUAUCUGUCAGUUUGUACGUGAUCUGCCAUCGUCAGAUGUUGAAGCAGCUUGCAUUGAAAUAUUUGGAGACCUUAAUGACUUGAGAGCUGCAAGACUUAAGCAAGCAGUGCAGUACUAUUUGAAUGGAACAAAAGACGGUUUCUUGAAAUAUAGGACUGCUUCAGGUCGUCGACCAAAGAAUAACAAGAAGGGCCAGAAAUCAGACCUCAGCCCACAGUCAACUGUCGUGGAUAUGGAUACAAGCAAGUUGGCUACAGAAACAUCCGAAAAUGAGCUAAAAGGCUUGGAAGAUUACAAAUUGGCUACAGCAAACGCGUCAAUGAACGCAGACUUUAGCAUGGAAGACCGGGCAACAGAAGUACAUCACGGCCUAGCCAACCUCUCGCUCGACGGUGGUGAUGCGGUUAACUUCAGCCAGCAACCAUCGAAACCUGUGGACAAGAACGACAAACCGCAAACGUCGACAAAAGAGGGUCGGCCAAUCAAUAAGCAAAUUCUGAACGACGACAAUUGCCCGGCCGCACCGGCUGAAGUGCUACGCACCUGCGCGGAACGUCAUGCGCGCGGCCUCAUGCACCCGCAGAUGCUGUCGAUCCUUACCCAUCGCCACGUCACUCUGCCAGUCCUCAUGGAAGAUGACCACCACCGCGAAAUACCUUCCAUCCAUCACUUCUACAGACCGAUCAGGCAGAACGUUUAUGCCAUCUUGUACAACAUGCACCAUCAUCGGUUCAUGGCGCAGAAAGCCAAAGAGGAAGGCCAAGCCACAACUUCUGCUAACAAUGAUCGCCCAUGUACAGUUCAAAUAUCAGAGUGGAUUUAUUCUCGCGUGAAUCCUGGCAAAAACGCCGAAGUUGUACCUGGAAUCGUACUUGACUGGCCAGUGCCUACUGUGCAGAGGCUUUGGUUCGGAACCGCCCAGGAUGACAAAUGCCGAAGAAUGAGAGCUUUUCUCUCUUGUAUGAGAUCUGAUACUCCACUAAUGCUGAACACUUCUUAUGUGCCUCAACAUCUCCUUAUACUAGCUACUGUGCUUAGAUUUAUUAUGACCUCACAAAUUCAAAUCCUGAGACGUCAAGAAUUAGAUGCUUUCUUGGCCACAGCAUUCUCAAGCGAUCUUAUGAAUGCUCUUCACCUGCAAGAAAUGACUGUCAACGGAAUUAGCUCGCGUGGAGUACAGCUUGGCGCCCUAGUGAUGGCCGGCGCGGAGGCGGCAUUACUCGCCAACGACGCUUGCGGCGCGCCCGUGCCGUGGCUGGUGGCCGCCCCGUGGCUAUACUUCGACGGCAAGCUGCUGCAGCGCAACCUGCACCGCGCCAACCAUUGCAAGCACCUCGCGCAGCUGUGUGACAACCACCUCGACACCGUCGUCAAGGUGGAACGUAUGCGCAAGGCUAUAUUAGAGGGGCUCGAGGUGGAGUUCGCUAUGCCGCCUCUGCCGCUAGUGGCGGGCGUAGUAGGCGGCGCUCUGGGCGGUUGGUCUCGCGGUCGCGGGCGCGGCGCUCGCCUUGAGAUCGCUGGCGUCGUGGUGGGGCAGUGGGGUGGCGGUAGCUACCCUGCACGUACGCAACGCUACCCACAGGUGAGCUACGUCGGGUACACGCCGCCGCCGCGCAACGCGUACGGCGGGCGCAGUUGGCGCGGCACUCGCGGCGGACGUGGGCGCGGUACUGGCCGCGGACGCGGCGCUGGCGCGCCCCGCGGGGGUCGCCGCCCACGCCGCGACCUCGACGAGCCCGCCAAGCCCGCCACGCUGAGCGUCAAUGGGAAAACGGUGAGGCCUGAGGACCUCGGAAUGCAAGCUGAAGAUGGUCUGCAAGAAGAUAACACUGCUCCUGAUAAUGAACUUGAAGGAACUCAGCCACAGAAGACUAAGACUGCUAAGAAUAUGAAAAAAAAUAUUGGGAAAGGGAAGAAAAAGAGUUCCAACCAGAAGACUGAAGUUGCCCAAACUCUGGAAGCUAAUGGGCCACAUGAUAAGAACAAGAUGAUGGACCAAGACUCCAAAUCAGAGGAGGAGCAUUUGGGUCAAGGUGAUGCGCCUGUUUCUAACUAAGUAUUGUUGUUAAAGGUAACAUUCCUUCUUUUAUGAUCCGAGUUUAUUUGUGUUUUCAGUAGUAAUGAAAUAUUUUCUUUCAUUAAAAUUUUUAGUUUUCCAUACUGUCAUCAUUUGUUUUAGGGGAAAGCUUUACAUCACAAUGCUAGAGACUUUCAG